AUGGCCUCUGUAUUAAAGAAUUUCCUGGGUCUCAAAGCCACCAUAGAUGACAACAGAUGCCCAGUGUCUCCGGAGAAGACCGCAGUAAGAGCUCUUCCCGCUGUAUGGUACACAUCACUAGAGCUGUACGAGCUCGAGCGACGGGCCAUUUUCUCCAAGAAAUGGUUACUCAUGACACAUAUACUGCGAUUCCCAAACACUGGUAAUUGGUCUCGCUACAAUAGCGCAGGAUAUCCCUUCAUUCUCGUCCGAGGCCAUGGUCGACACAUACAGGCAUUCCAUGAUAUCUGGUCUCAUGCUUUCACCGACGAGCUCGCGCAGACCCUAAUCUCGGAGCGACUUAAGGACACCAUAUUCAGAACUUUCCACGUCCAUCUGGAUGCGAAUGGCUUUGUCUGGGUCAACAUGGACGCUGGCAAGCAGCCUGAGAUCUCAUGGGAGAAGGAUUUCAACUUCGAGGAUUACGUUUUUGAUCACACCUGGUCUCAGCAGAUAUGGAAAGCUUUCAAAGUCCUAACUGCGUGUGAUAGAUGUUACCACUGCCUGACAGCACAUCCUGACGCGCAAGCGAUAGCCGAUCUCGAAGCCUAUUCAGUUGACACCGUGGACGGGUCUAUCGUUCACUUUGCCAACACCAAACCAGACCAAAUCGAACGGGGCCUGAAGAUCGCGAGCACCUACUAUUUCCCCAACGCGUCCAUGACGGUAACGCCGCAUUUCUUCUUCAUACAACGAUUUGUCCCCACCUCGCCUACCAUCUGCGAGAUGCGCUACGAGGUGUACCGGAAUAAAAACUCCAGCGAGGAGGAUUUCCAGUUGAUCAAUGAGAUGUAUAAGCGGAUUAUGAGUGAAGAUAAAUAUCUCUGUACUGAGGCACAAAAGAACAUCGGUAGGGGUGUCUUUGUCAAUGGUCUGCUUCAUCCCAGGAUGGAGAAGGGGCCGCUAUAUUUCCAAUCUGUUGUACGAGACCUUCUGUAUGAGCACUUUGAUCGGGAGAAGGAUGCAGGAAAGCAGAUUUGGCCUGCUGGACUUGAGGUUCUGGUGGCGGCUGAGCCCAAGUGA